AUGCGCGGCCUCCCACUCAUGUUCAGCUACGAACCCAUGUUCAUUUCUGAUAUCGUCGUCGAAAUCACACUUGCCUUCGAACGUCAUUGGGGAUGGCCUUCCGUGGCAGCUCUCCACAGACGUGUCCUUCUGAUCAUCGAGCGGAUGCCUAACAUUGAGAGGCUAUUUUUCAUAGCUGAUAGUCCGCUCGGAGAUCUGGAAGACGACAUUUGCCUCUUGAUUUCCAGCCUAUCCAUGCUCACGGAACUCACAGUCCCCGUGUUCUGCCUUUCUCCAGCCAUUAUACAUGCCACCGCCAGUCUGACACGACUGAAAAAACUCGAUGUCUCGCGGAAAAAUUUGAAUCUCUACAACAAUGCCACCACCACCCAGUCGUACAGGCUAGCGGCGGACAUAGAAGACCCAUAUCCAUCCCUUCGGUCGUUGGCAUUCGCUGCAACCAUGAACGGUGUCACCACUCUCAUGAAACAAAGAAACUUAACCACGUUCUUGACCACUCUCGAAUUCCACAUGAUAGCCGCUAAAUCCAACCCGACUACCUCCCUGCCCAAGCUCUUGAAAGCGAUGGGAGCGACAUUGCCGUCGCUGGAGAAACUCAACCUUUGGCUCAUACCCGUGGGUCACAAGGAGUCGGACGCUGCAGCCAACGAGAGUUUCCGUCCCAUUGGCUUCAAGGACUUCUCGUCGGUGUCACGCUUUCCGCGCCUCAGGUCCUUCGCUAUACGCGCCAUACACCCGCUUGACAUCACCGAAGAACAGCUGCGAGGGUUGAUAGCCGAAUGGCCGACGCUGGAAGAACUCGAUCUAAACAAGAAGCCAGUCGUACAAUCCAAGUCGUCGCUUCCCCUAAAGUCGUUGCUCCAUUUCACACCCUGUCGCAACCUUCGUAGCCUCGGGCUGUACCUCCGCAUCGAGCACGACGAGAUACCCUCCGUCUCAAUUUACCCCAACCACACCACCAUCUUCCCUCAGAUCGCCAUAGACAUUGGGAGUUCGCCCUGCACGGUCAAUCGCAGUGAACCCUUCUUCUUUAAUAAUGUCGCCCUCUUCUUCGCCGAUAUACUGAAAGACCCACUUUCAUUGAAAUGGGCUUCGGCCCGGCUUCGAAAAUGCGCAGAUUACGACAGAGACCCUGACAAUGGAGGAAGGCUAGUGAUGGGUUACCCUUUACACAGCGCUCAGAGCAUCCUUGUGAGCUUUAGGAUGAUCGUGAAGGAGCGGGUAGAGCAGGAUAUAAUAAGAAGAGAGUUGGCGAAUAUCCAGAGAGAUCACGUCUCUGACCUUCGUAGGGCUCAAGAACAGGUCGAGAGUCUCGGACAACAGCUACGAGAGGUUCAAACAAAUAAUUUACAGUAG